UACCAAAGGCACUACCAAGACUGUAACCAAAACAUACCAAGUUUUGACCUCUGUGAUCUAUGGUUUUGACUUUUGACGUUUUCCUUUGACAGAUAUGUUAUAACCUAGAAAUCCUAUGUAAAUAACAAAUUUAACUAAUAAAGUUCUCUCAUUGGACUUCAGACAACAUCUACUAAAAUCAUUAGCUCAUUAGUAAACGUAAUAUAGACACAAGAGAGCCAUGACAUCAACAUAUAAACUGUUUUCAAAAGUUAUCAGACGUACAAAUUGGAUAAAUAUUGUUAACAAAUUUCUCUCUAAUGUAAAUAAAUUUCGUCCUGUUCCUUUAGUGUAUAUAGCUGCAGGAGGUUUAGGUUUAAGUGCAGCGUUUAAAUAUUGUACUAUAGCACAAGUGUACGCGGCACAAUUAAAAAAGGAAGAAGAUAGAGUGGUAGUAAAGCUAACCUCAAGAGAAAAGAGAUUUAUAAGAUUUGCUUCUGUUGAGUAUGAUGGUCAAUUAUACAUGACGCCUCAAGAUUUUUUAGAAUCUGUAGUUGAAGAUGAGCCAAGACCGAGGUUUAAAAGAAAAGUAUUAGAUCAAAAAGAGGUUGAUAAAAUUAAGGAACAUACACCAUCGCUAAGCCAGGGAUCUCAACAUCUAUUUAGGAAUUUAAGAGAUAAAGGAAUAAUUUCUUAUACUGAGUAUUUGUUCCUACUAUCUAUUCUUACCAAACCAGAAUCAGGAUUUCGAAUUGCAUUUAACAUGUUUGACACUGAUGGUAAUCAGAGAGUUGAUAAAAAUGAAUUCCUUGUUAUUGAGAAACUUUUGGCGGGUAAAAAAUUUGAAGAUUCUGAACCAAUGGAAAAAAUAUUUAGUCAUGCUUGGAAAGGAAAGAGAGGUCUAACAACGGAAGCUGAGCCUUUGCAGAGUGUACCAAUGCAAGAACAAUAUGUAAAUGAUGAACAAGGUCUCCAAAGAAAACAUGUAGUUGACACAACCUUAUUGAUACAUUUUUUUGGGUCUAAGGGCACUUCAGAUUUAAACUUUGAGAAUUUUAGGAAGUUUAUGCUCCAUUUACAAACUGAGGUUUUAGAAUUAGAGUUCAGUGAAUUUGCUAAAGGUCUACCAACAAUAUCUGAAGUUGAUUUUGCCAAAAUUUUGUUGAGAUAUACUUAUUUAGAUACAGAUCAGUAUGACAUGUAUUUAGAUAGAUUAUUAGAACGUUUAAAAGACGUCCAGGGGAUCACAUUUGACGAAUUUUACGUUUUUUGUCAGUUUUUAAAUAAUUUGGAAGAUUUCAGCAUUGCCAUGAGGAUGUAUACUUUGGCAGACCAUCCUAUUUCUAAAGAUGAAUUUCAUAGGGCUGUGAAAAUUUGCACAGGCACAAAUUUGAGCCCCCAUAUAGUUCAUACAGUGUUUGCUAUUUUUGACGUCGAUGGAGAUGGUCUUUUAAGCUACAAAGAAUUUAUAGCUAUUAUGAAAGACAGGCUGCAUCGAGGCUUUAAGUCAUAUACAAAAACAGAAGGAUGGCAAGCAUUUAAAAAAUGCCUAAAACAAGAAAUGAAGUCAACUUAGUUAUUUAAUGGCUUAACUACAUUUCUAACAAGUUUACAGUGGAUUAAUAAGUGAGAGUAAUUUUUUUUGGAAAAGUUUGGAAUUUAUUUAGAUCUAUGUUUAGCUUUAUGUGCCAUAAAGUAAAUCGCUUGUGAUACAUUGUUUUUAUUGAAUAUGUAAUUUUGUUCAAUGGGUUGUUAAAUAUUAUUAAUUAUCUAAAAAAUAUAUAUUGAAUUUCAAA